AACGUUGAACUUCAGUCUCAGUAUACUAUUUAAGUCGUGGGAAAGAUUUGCAAGAUGUGCGCUGUGUGGUGACCCAAAAGCAAGUGUGAUACAAUGUACUAACAGCAUGCAUGGGCAGCAUGGGCAGCGUUGCCGCGUCUUUGUAAAAACAAGAUGACGUCAUAUCCGGAUACUUGGUCAUGCAAGACGGCAAACUUUUUGUACUAUUCUAGAAACUUGUUUUAAAGGGAGCAUACACCAUUUGCAGAAACUCAAAAUCGGAACUGUCGAAUAUCACGAUGUAUAAUACUUGAAAGUAAGUAAAUAAUGGUACCAUGGUUGGAGAUUUUGGCAUUGCUAAUGAUUAUGAGUAACGUGACCAAAAAAUAAAAUAUGGGAGGUUUUUUGGGUCACGUGACUCCGAUGACGGAUUGAGCUAAAUCUUGCACAGGUUUGUUAUUUUAUGUGUAUAUUGAAUUAGACAAAGUAUGAACACUGUCUGCAACACCGUGCCAAUAUACUCCCUUCAACCUGGGCAUUUGUUUUCCUUACCAACAGUGUGCAGUUUCUGUUAAAAACAUUUCACAAUGGGCAAAACUAAACCAGUUGCUCAGCGGAGAACUCGAUCUUCUGCAGGGGAUUCGUCGUGGUCACAGUUUACCAAGAGCUGCAAGUGCAUCAUGCACGAUGUUUUCAAAACCUCGGAGUCACCCAAAUUAUUCAAUAUCGCUCUGAAAUCACAUCCUACUCGAAAACUGCAGUGGCUUUUGGAUAAAAAGUAUUUGAGUCCGCGCGCAAAACACGUUUGUAUUGACUGUCUUGACCAGGCGCCAUCAACAAGUGGAACUGGAAGUAAACGCGAUACAACUGGGAAAAAAGAUCCCAGUCAGCUACCUGAGGAGGAAGAGCCCAGUAAUUCAGAAUCAGCGAUAGUCGGAGAAAUUUUGAAUUUGAUAGCAAAUCGUAAAUUGUCCCAAGAAAGCGUCACGAGGGUCUGCUCCGCUCUUGGCAACCUACUGAGUAGCGAUAUUCUUCAAGAUUCGAAGGCGGUACAGGGAUCAUACAAGAAUUUAGAAAACUUGUUGGACUUAAACUGCGUGGAAUAUUUAGGGGAAAGACCACCGGCUCUGGUAUCAUUUUUGAGCAGUAUUUCCAAUGUAACAAUUGAUAAGGACCAGCAAAAUGCAAAGAAGACCAAUGGACUAUGCCUGGUAAUUGAGAACAUUUAUGCUUUACGCAAUGCUAACUUCGUGGGACCGUUAUCAUUCAGCCAGGGCUUGGUGAAGUGGUCGAUAAAUGGCAGCAAAACUACACACGCAUUAGACGGAGCAAGCAGUGCAAGCGGGAGCGUGACCUCGUUGAAGAAAGUUCUUCAGAACUCAUCUGCCAAAUCAAAUGUGUGUUUCUCGUCUGGUGAUGUAGAUGUAUUUGCUGAUAAUACGCAAAGGAUAGGUAAAACGGGUCGUGUGCGUACUGGUGGAACGACUCCUGCCAAUGUUGUGACGAAUGUGGUAUUCAUACAAAGUCGACCUGCAUCGAAUUUGCAGACUCAAGGCCAACUUGCACCAUCUCACUGGCUUGACAAAACUGAAGACGUAGCUGAUAAAAUUACAGCGUUUGAAAAAGAGCUCAAUGAUAAUGUGUUCCGACCAUACCGACAUAUGUGCCAGAGUAAAUUCAUUGAACAGGUAAAAAGUGAAUUACAUGUUGAUGACAUCACCGGCGAGUCAAAGGACCACGUUUACUACAGUUGUUCUGCACAAGAGCAAGAUUGCGUAUGCCCCAAGUGUUGCAAAGUAUAUGAUAAAGUGACAGUUGAGUGUCCGGGAUGCGGGUACAAUCCAGUAAACGUACCGGAUAGAAGCAGUAUGUAUGGCGAUGUACCAAGCUGCCAUUCAAAAGAAAAACCAGCUGUUAAGAUGGGUGAGAUCAUUCCUAUAAACCCAAAUUCCAAGGCUACAAUAAAAGAGGUGUUGCUGAAUCUGAAACAACAAGCUGGGGUGGGCACUGAUCGUUCCUGGAUCCGUGUUGGGUUUGAUGGUGUUCCAUACCGGAUUGCAAAUCUGCUAAUAAAAAACACGAUUAUGUGUGAAGUGUGCAACGAGCACAUUGACAUUUCCGUGACACCCUUUGACGCCCACUGUGAGAUUAAGCAUCCAGGUGUGUACGAUAUCGGCAGCAAGAAGCUCUUGGAUGAUAUUCUUCUCACUCCUGGUGCCGGUCAUGCAGAGAUAAACCUUCUGAGGGCAAUUUUCUCAUUGACUAGAGUCGUAUUUAUGGAACAUAUUGCUGGGUGUUUAGGAUUCUGCAGCAAGAGAGCCAAAGACUUUGUAAUCAGGGGAAGCAAUCAUCACGUCACAUGGCAGAUCUUCGACAUUGUGUUGAAGGCAUUUGCUCUCGAACUAUGUUAUACAUAUGUUUCUCAAAAUCGCGAGGAGAAUGAGAACUUUCUUCCAACAGCAGAGGACUUCGUUAUGUGGAAGAAUACAAGAGUAAUCAAUCCAAAUUUCAAUUUGAUAUAUGAUCUCAUAUUUCACAUUUUCCUUGGUGUUAAGUGCUUCAGAAGUGGUAUACGCAGAAAUAACUCUCAGCACGCUAUUGCCGGACGCCAGAAAACUGCUCCCAUAAUGUAUAUUGGCAAGCACGGUAUUUAUCAACCGCUUCUCUUCAGGGACAUGCAAGUUAGAGUUGAGGCACCGCCGGACAUAAAAAAAUAUAUAGAGGAGAACGAGGCGUUUUCCAGAUCUGGGAACAAUUUGCGUGGCGAAGGCGGUGACUACGUAACUGAAAACGAAAACAGAUCUUUGAAGAGUAUCCUUCCACCAGGAGUACCGACUGUAGAAAGAUGGCAAAUGGCAAGCCGAUGUAGCGCUAACCUUCAGAAAAACAGGAAAGCUGUUUUCCAAAGAGCCGGUUUUCAGGAUCCUGGCGAACAGAGAGGAUCUGUUUUUAACAGAGAGCUGGAAGUUCAAGCUAUUAGGAAAGAAAUUCGUUUGUCGGGGAUGUUGAAAAAUCCAUACGAGGAAAUUCCUUUGAAGUCAAUAGAAGGUAAAUUGCUACACCAAGAUUUUGUCAACGUGUACAACACAGCUCUAGAAAACUAUGACGCUUACAAAAAGUCCCCACAUGCGCCAAAUCUGCAACCAGUAUUUGUCACAUCAGAAGAUGAGCAGAUGUAUAAUGAUAUGAAUAACUGGACUGCAAGAAAACUGACCGAAGAAACGAUGAAAUUGCUUGAACAAUUCAGUGACCAAGAUUCUGCAGAUAUGUACAGGGAGAUGCAUAGUGACGUUGCAAAGGCAGCAAAGAGUGUCAAGAUACAAUUUUACCAAGAUAUCAGUCAGAUUCUAAAUCUAGAGAGGGAGCUACUAGCUUUCGGAAACGAGGAUAUUGAACAGAAAGAUGACGACAUGGAACAAACUGAAUGAUUGUAUUACCUUUUAC